AUGGAGGGAAGCAGCGCUACUGGUAUUAGUACAGAAUACGAUUUCUUUCAGGCCGUGAUUGACGAGUCUUUAGCUGUCAUGGAAGGCACUACGGAUAAUAACGGCAAUGGUGCUGCUGCCCCUGCUACUGUCUCUCCUCCCACCAGGAAACGCAAACGCACCAAGAAGAAAACGUCCAGCAGCAGUAACGGUAAAAACAAGAAUAAUGGAGGAGCUUCAGCUUCAAGCUCACAUGUGGCCAUUCUAUCCUCCUCUCCCGACGAGGAGAGUGAUGAUUCAAGUGAGGAACCACCCAAGAAGAAACUGGCGGUGGAAAAGAAACUGGAUGUCUACACGGCAACUACAGAGACUGGUACUGCCAGCAAGAAGAGCAUGCGUACUCCUCCUCCAUCGCUUCUGGCCAGUCCAGCCACUCCCGCAAAGCCUACCGAGGAUGACAUUCCAUGUCCUUUGGAACAUGUGCUGCCCACACCUCCAACUUUGGUGCACCAUACAGCCCAUGGCACGAACCUUCAACCACGACGUCUUUUCACACAGUCUCCUACUCUUGGACUACACCAACCGCAACAACAGCAGCAAGAACCAAUGAAACCACAAAACAAGGAUACUACAGAAAAGCCACAUUCCUCUUCCAACUCCAACAACAACAAUCAUCAUUGGACUCGACAGGUUCACACCUUUCUGGUAAUCCUCAGUUGGACCUAUGUCGUCACACUGUGUGUCUGGAGUGUCCACCAGCGAAAUAAUAAUAAUGUGCCAGACACCAGCAGCAACAUUUGUUUUCGAAACAAUGUACACGUCCGUGACAAGUACAAGGGUGUCUGUGCUGCUCCUGCUGCUGCAGAUCCAACAACCUUUGCCGACUGUCCCAAACAUGCGCUCUGUUGGGGUGGGCAAGUGCACGAUUGUCGUUUUGGCGGUGGGCCCGAUGAUGUUGAGUUUGAUCAGGAUGAUCUGGAGCAGUACUACUACUAUGAGUACUCGCCAACGGAGGCACGAUGCAGGUUGACCAAUGCCGUCAAUGACACUUUGGCAGAAAUGAUUCAAAUUGUCGAGCAAGGGACCAUGGCAACCCAAUGUGGUGGUCCAUCAUCAGCAGAUGGUCCAAAACCGGUUUGGAUAGGAUCCAUGCAUGAUGAUCGUCCCUGGUUUGUGUUGAUGGAUGUCGUGCAGAAACUUUCUAAAGAGCAACACAUCAUGUCUCCUCGAACCGAACAAGACGCCCUCAAGUUGGUUCGUCUAGUCACAGCACCGCAGCAGCAACGCAAUCUCAUUCUCACCUUUGUGCCCAACAGCACGACGGCAACAACAAUUGCAGCUCGAACAAGAAUGUCGUCGUAUUAUUCCAACUGGUUUGGAAGUGGCACAUCCAACGACAAUCAGAGUAGCAAUGACACGGACAGGAAUCUCCCUGCGGCUGGAACGCCCUUGAUUGGAUUGAACAAUACAUCUUCGUGGCGGUAUUCAUGGUUGCCACUUGCCGUACAAUGUCGUGCCCAUGGAAUCAUGAUGCCACUACUGGAAGCGACCGUCACGGGGGACGUUUCUGCGAAAGAGCCAGCGAAUGCAACAACACUGCCCAACAACGUCACCAUUGCGGAACGAAUGGAAGCCGCUCGUCAAUACAUUCUUUCCUCCGUUCACCGCGGUAUUCAGACCUUACGGUCGAUGAACAAAAACAACGUCAUUAUGGAAGAACGAUUGGAGGACACUGGACGAAAGAUUCUUGCCACAAUUGACCGCAGCAUGGAAAGCAUGAAAUCCACCACAGAAGAAAGAAUCGAGGCGGUUCGAAGGAGUGUUCUUUCCACAGUCGAACGCAUCAAUCGCAGCAUGGAAAGCAUGAAAUCUACCACGGAAGAAAGAAUCGAGGCCGUCCGACAGAGUAUUCUUUCCACAGUCAAACGCAUCAUUCGCAAGAUGAGAUCCAUGAAUGUGAGCGGCAUGUUCGGCAUGUUCGGCACACAGAGGCAGCACACGGUUGAUGGUGACAAAGCCCUCCACGAAACAGUCGGCAUGCGACCCAAAUGGUCAACCAAGAAGAAUCCCUGGUCCUUGACAGAAUGGAUAUACAUGGUGAUCUGUCUGUCGGGUUUGGUGUUUACGGGCUAUAUUCAGUACCACAACCAUCGUUUGAAGCGACAUCGAACUUGGAUGCCACAAGUGGCCAGACUUCGAGAGUUGGCAUUGGAUCACAUUGAAGAGGCCACCAACGGGGGAUACGUAACGACGCACCUCCGAGACGCCGUCCUCGCUGCUGCGUUGUUGUACGAGGAGGAUGCCAACAACCAGGAACGACGCCAUUUGCAACGCAAUAUUUGGCCCACGGCAAUGAAGCAACUACGCGACAACCCGCACGUGUUCGAGUCGACGGUCGUUUCCAGCACCACUGGUCGGGCACAACGAGUACUGUCGUGGCGUCGCACAUUGGUCGUGGAGAAAGACGCGUUUGGAGAGGAACCGAGAAGUCAAUCGGGAACCAGAAAGGUGACGAUUUGUGAGUAA